CGCGAUAUCAUUCGAUAACUUUAGUGAUCGUGGCUUUGCGCAUGUUGGCAACUUUGCUCAUUUUGUUUGCUGAUGUGUAUUUGUUGUGAUGGGCAAUUAUUUAUAAAUUUAAUAUUAUGGCUGGAAAAUUUGAUGGUUUUAGUCACGAUGAAAUACUCAAAAUAACGGGUCACAAGCAGCGCUCAAAGCAAAAUGUAGAAACAGCUAAGCAAGCAUUGAGAAACCUUCCCGGCAUAAAACGAAUGCCGGAUAAGAUGUUCCGUCAAGCAGAUCAGUUAAGAAAGCAGCAGCAACAACAACAACAAAAGCAGCCACAACAGGUGGCAAAAGGCAAUGCUACAAAAUCUAGAUCAGCCACGCCUACGGAAAUAGCUACGCCCACUCCCACGCCAACUGAUGACAAGAAAGAAGAAGAAGAGUCGUUGAACUUGGAACGCGGCUUAUCUGACUCGCUAGUUGAAGCGCUUUACUGUGGCGCUGUGGUAGAAUCGCGAGCUGCCUCCAAAGCUGAUGCUGCCACGUAUGCGACGAUUAGUUCAGAUGAUAGUUCCAUACUCAAACUUAACGGAACAGAUGAUGAUGUCAGCACACUGCCGAGCACAAAGGAUUCUUCGAAUGCUGAGACUCUCAACACGGACUCGCCCUUUAAGGGCAUCUCGCUUAAGGACUUUGAGCAGCAUCGCAAGUUAAUCGAGGAGCAAAACAAGCAAAAGAAACAAAUGUUAUAUAAAGCUAUAGAGCAGCAUACACAGAAGACCGCACAAGAAUGCAAGAAAAUUGAGGAAAUUCGUCAUGAGUUGUCCAAGUUGGAAAGCGAUCUUGCCGUGGAUGUAGCAAUGCUGCGCAAGCAAAUUGACUCUGCCUGCAUACACUUUGCCACUGUAGAGAAAAACUACAUUAAAAUUGAGGCUCAAUUUCUAAAAGCUAAAAUUGAUCUGCAUAAUGCUGCUGAGAAGAAGGAGCUACUGACAGAACACUUGUGCACCGUUAUAGCUCACAAUGAGGAUCGUAAAGCACAGAAGCUUACGGAGUUGAUGCAGAAAGUGGGCUUGACGCCGACGGAAGAUGAGCCGGAAGAGCAGCAAGAAACCAAUCGAAUAUAAAGAAUUUAAAAUUGAUAUUAGCACAUGCAUGCCCAAAUUGUAUUUGUUAAGUGUUCAUUGUUUAAGUGAAAAGUGCAAAUCUCUGUAAUUAAAUGUAUA